AUGGCAGAUCGAAAGUCGUUAUUAUCUCAAUUUUGGCCACCUUCUGCUUCCCGCCCCACACCCACCGCCCAAACGCCUGCUGCACCACCACCAGCCACCACCAUUAAACAAACACCUGCAUCCCAAUCUAGUAGCCAGACCAACCCCACCUCAUCACCAUCAACACCACCCCGAGCUGAAACCAAGACUCCAGUCAGGAAGUCGACCGCCAAAGGCAGCCCUUCUGCCCCUGCCACUCCACCAAGGGCAGAACCUCAAAAGGCAUCCCCCAAGCCAAACAAAUCACGCUCAAUCGAGAUCACAGUGCGACCCCCACUUCCAUCCCCGUCUCGUGUGCCCCCCUCCAAGCCAAAACAAGCAUCCAAACCUCAUUCUCCAUCCCGCGCCACUCCUCAUUCUCCCAAGGGGAAACAGCCGGCUUCCCCCUCAAAAGUUUCAGCACAACCUACUGAAAAGUCCUCCACUUCAGAUGAAGCCCCCAUUUUGGCUUCAAAAGAAAAUGAUUCAAAGCCUGCAGCAUCUCAACAAGAAGCAGAGGUGAAGGCAGAGGUUAAACCUGAUAGCGCCGUAGCAGCCAACGUCCAAGCUCACGAGGGGACGAGCUUCAAGCAUGAUGACGUGGAGGAAAAGCCUUCUCAAUCAUCGCAACUUGACAAUGCAGCACCACCUGCCAAAAGCCCGGAGACACGUGAAUUGAGCAAGAGCGUGGACUCUUUUGCUGUCAAUGAUGGUGGAGAUGCACCCAACAUCAAAUUGGAUGCAAAGCGUGAAGACGUGAAGGAAGUAGUGGAAGCAACAAAAACCGAUGAGAAAAAGAAGGAAGUCGAUGAUUCUGUUGCUCCAAAGUCUACCCCUGAAGCACAAAUUGUUAAAAAGGCUGAAAUUCCCAGUGAAGAAGAUCAGAUCCACAGAGAGAAGCACGAGGCCACCGACGUGAAGGAGAUUUUAGCAACACCAGGUUACGCUACAGCUUCUCAACCGGUGAACAAAAGCAACACGUCUGAUUGUAGUGAGAAACCUGCUCUACUAAAUGAAGAACACUCCCCAUCGCACAAGAACAUCAGGGCCGACCACAAAGAAGUAAUUCCUGAUAGAUCUGUAAGUGUGAUAACCCUCGCAGGUGAAAAUAGAGGAGCAUCGAUGCAUAUGGGGCCUGAUACUACAAAAGGAGAAUUGCCAAUUCACAUUCAUCGGAGCUACAAGAGCAACCCCGAUCAAAGUCCUCAAGCAACUACCGACAGAGAGGAAAUCUCCAAAGGGAAAAAGUCAGAAGACGAGAGUUGCAUGGAGGAUCAACAGACAGAGACAUAUAUAAACAACAAUGCACAAGGGAUCAACAACGCCAUCGUGUUCAACAGUUCCAUAGUUGAAGGAAGUCCAGGAGUCCACAUGGUUGUUAAUCAUCUGCCAAAGGAACCGAUCCAAUCAAAAGAAGAAACAAGUUUGCCUGAAGCACAAAUGGCUGAAGUUAACAUGAGUCGUGCAGAGAAACUCACCUACAAUAAGAAGAAGAUGGCUGAGAGGUCUUCUGUUGGAAACAAGUGA